CCCGCUUCACAACACAUCUGCCUGAGCAGCCUUUCAAUAGUUUCGUCAGACCCCCGUUUGCAACUCCCUUCACCCUGCGGAAGUAGAUCUCAGCCUGCACUGUAGUCUUGUGUCAACCCUGUCAGUCCGCUUCACGGGACUGCCAGGUCCUAAGACGUGACUUGACAGCCCUUCAUCAGAAACGAAGACUCCCAACCCAAAUCUCCUACCCUUGAUCCCUUCCGCCAAGUGUUGUAUUCGAGGUUCUCCCUUGCGCUGUCAUCACUCACUCGCACGCGUGAUAUCACACCACUCCCAACCAGCUUCCACAGCCACAACUUAGCUCGUCACAAUGAUGAGUCACAUCCGGCUAAAGCGCGCAACAGAAGCCUCCCUCCUCGUCCUCGCAUCCCUCCUAUCUCUCCUCUCCCACUACACCGUCUCAGCUGAUGUCUGCCCAAAAUUCACAUGCGGCGAGGGGCAGUUCGUCUACGGCAAAUUCACCGACCCCGUCGACCCGAUUAAAGAGCCGCCCGAGCCGCUGGUCGAGGCCUAUUUCACCGGGGGGCAAAUGAACUACUACGCGUCGUACAACAUCACGGACGAGCUGAUCAGCAACCCCAAUGCCGACUGCUACCGGUUCUGUUCGGGAUGGAACGCGAACAGGCAGCCGGGGCAGGUUAAAGCCAAAUACUGGAUGUUCGAGGAGACGUGCCUCGACGCGACGGGCGGUAUCUGCACGUGCUAUGCGGCGAAGCAGUGCGAAGGCGCUAACGCGUACAGCAGCAAUUGGAUGGAGGCGGGCCGAACAACCGCGGAUGAUUACGAGGUGCCGGCGAAUUUCACGGCGGGCGAGCUGUGCGAGCCGGGGCACAAGGGCGACCCGCAUUUCAGCGGCGCGGACGGCUCGCACUUCGACUUCAGCGGCAAGCCGAAUCGCAACUACGCAAUUAUUUCGGAUCUGCACUUUCAGGUGAACGGGUAUUUCGGAGGGCGGUACACGGCGUGGGGUUCGCGGCUUAAGGCGCUGACGUGGAUCCGUGACGUCAGCGUGAUGCACGGGCAUCACACGGCUGUUCUCGAAGCGCGUAAGGGGCCCGACGCGGAUUAUAAGAACGGGUAUCUGGCGCGGGUGUUGGUGGAUGGAAAGCCGGUUCAAGUGAAGGCGCCCGGAACGUCGCUGACUCUAUGGGAGGGAGCUACACUCACGUGGGUGUAUGCGCGGCAGCAAAACGGAGACGACUAUAUCGAUGUUUUCGAUCUGGCGGUCGACGGCGUGGCGACGAUUCGGCUGACGAUGAGGCCAGAGGUUGAGACGUGGAGAACGCCGAGAGACGGCACGGUUCACUUCGGUUUGGAGGUGCUGGAUGCGCACUUCUCCCCCGGCGUGCACGGCGUGCUGGGACAAACUUACCGCAACGACUUCGAGGGAAGAAUUGCUCAGCAGAAACUCGAGUGGAGCGACCUCCUCCAGGUGAUGGUGGUUCCGGGUGACAAUGCCGAGGGGUUCUUGUACGGAGGGGUUGACGACUACCAGGUGUCGUCCCUGCUCAAGUCGGACUGCAAGCUCUGCACGUUCACUCGAGCUGAGACUGUAGACAAGGAAACCACAAUGGCUCUGGCGAUGAUGGGAGGCGUGUCUGGUGGAGGCAUUUCUGCUACCACCCCCAGGAAAGCGCUCAAGCCUCUGGCAGUUGCUGCUGCGGAUGCCUCCAGUUGAUUGAGAAUCGUAGAUAUGCCGGAGGAGCAGUAUUAUCAGCAUCCUAAUAGGACGGGGCGAAUAGCUCCAAGCUACUUGAGAAAGGACAAUGUCAGCACCUCCUCGAAGGGGAGAUAGUGUAAGCGUUAUUUUUUUUGUCGAUGUGGCCCCUAAGCUGGAACAAUCGUCUACAGCGUACCUGCCUGCCUUUUCACUAAUUUGCGUUCAAUCCAGGGUCGUGUUUUCUGCCUGGAAUUAAUAAACAGUAUUGUA